UCAGCGUCAUUGAGUUGCGUCGGAUGUUAUUCAGUGAAACACCCACUGAAGGCGGCCUUGUGUGCAAUGCUGGACUGUAGUGUCCGUGUCAACCUAUAUCAUUUCUGCAUUGUGUUUUAGAAGAUGGCUGUUACUCUGCACACAGAACUCGGUGAUUUCAAAAUAGAGUUGUUUUGUGAGAAGGCCCCGAAAACCUGUGAAAAUUUUAUUGCACUGUGCGCUAGUGGGUUUUACAAUGGAUGUAUUUUUCAUCGAAACAUAAAGGGCUUUAUGGUUCAGACUGGAGACCCAACAGGUACAGGCAAAGGAGGGACCAGCAUUUGGGGAAGAAAGUUUGAAGAUGAAUUCAGUGAACAUCUGAAACACAAUGUCCGGGGCGUGGUGGCAAUGGCAAAUAAUGGACCAAACACAAAUGCAUCACAGUUCUUCUUUACAUAUGCAAAACAGCCUCACUUGGACAUGAAGUACACGGUUUUUGGAAAAAUUAUAGAUGGACUAGAAACUCUGGAUGAACUAGAGAAAGUCCCUGUGAAUGAAAAGACUUUCCGUCCUCUUAAUGAUGUCCAUAUUAAGGAUGUUACUAUCCAUGCCAACCCAUUUGCUGGUUGAUUGAUUUCAUUGCGAAACAUUCAUAAUGCCUUGUGUUGUAAAUAUAAUUUUUUUUUUUUUUUUAGUUUCGUGCUGUUUCAUAAAUUUGUACACACUGACUUGACUCUGUUUUCCCCAUAAUAUCUUGCAUUGCGUUUUAAAUGUAUGGUAUUUUUAAUUAAAA